AUGGAGCAAAUCAUCACUGGGGAUGGUGCUUUGGUCAGUAAUUUAGACGAGAAAAUAACAAGUUCAGGAAUUGCAGAUGCUGGUGUUGAUUAUCAUACAGUUGCAAUUAUUGGUCCUCAAAGCUCUGGUAAAUCUACGAUUUUGAACCUUCUUUUCGGAACAAAAUUUGCCACAAUGAACGAGCAAAGGGGUAGACAACAGACAACACAAGGUAUCCAUGCCGCUAAAUCAGUCAAUGACCCAAUAUUACUCUUUGAUGUCGAAGGUUGCGACUCAAGAGAACGUGGUGACUCCGAUGCCUUAUUUGAACGUAAGUCUGCUUUGUUCGCUCUUGCGCUUUCCGAGGUACUCGUAAUCAACAUGUGGGAGUCUGAUAUUGGACGCUACCAAGCAUCAAACAUUCCUAUGCUUAAGACCGUUUUUGAGGUCAACAUUCAACUCUUCCUCGCUCAAAAUACUACCAAAUCCAAGAUAUUGUUUGUAAUUCGUGAUAGUACAGCUGUAAAUUUCGAAGCUAUCAAGUUCCAGCUAAACCGCGAUAUCACAAACAUCUGGGAUGAGAUCAACCUUCCAGAUUCCUUCAAAGGAAAGCAAAUGGAAGAUUUCUUCGAAUUCUUAUAUUUCCCAAUUCAUCACAUGGUCAUUCAGAGAGACCAAUUCGAUGCCGAUGUCAAUACUCUCCGCAAAUGGUUCAACGAACCCCCAUUAAAAGACUACCUUUUCGCUGAAAAAUCUACAAAAGUCGUUCCAGGCGAAGGAUUAUCACAAUACAUCAGAAAUCUCUGGGAAGUCAUCAACGAAAACAAAGAACUCAACAUCCCCUCUCAGAGAACAAUGCUUGCUCGCUUCAAAUGUGACGAAAAUGCUGCAGAAGCUUUAUCAAAAUUCAAUAAGUUCGUAGAGGAGAAUUUACAGCGCGAUCCAGACCAACCAAUUACGAUUAUACAAGAUUUCAAGCCGCUUUGCGACAAAUCCGUUGAAAACGCCUUGAAAUAUUAUCAUGAUAACUCAUGGCGCUAUUCCGAAGCAGUUGUCAAGGAAAGAGAGGCCCAACUCAAGCAGGAGAUCAGCGAUGUACUACUUCCUUACUUCAACUCCCAAUGCAAACUCUUCUGUGACAAUACAUUAAAAAGAUUCAACGAAUUUAUUUCUUCUAUUGACCAAGAACUACAUGUUGGAGGUACCUGGGAGAGCGACGUCCAAGGUAAGAUCGAUUCCCUCAACAUGGACCUAAAGAAGAACAUAAAAGAUACAACAGUUGAACCAUUUUCGUGGAAUUACCCUGAUUACGAAGUAAUGAAAGUAAUGUUCAAUGCUACAGAGUCAAUGAAAGGAAAACUCGUCAAGCAAUUAGAACAAACUAUCAUUACCGAACAGAUGAGAUCAUUUGAUGAACAAGCAAACGACAUCCUCGCAAAAGUUGAUAAUUUGAUGUGGGAUAACCUUAGAAAUUUGAUAAGAAAAGUGUCAACAGAGACCACACAAAACACCAAUCAAGUUUUGAAGACUAAUGUUAGUGGUGUUCAUGCCAGGAAUGAUAUCAAGAGAGAUUUCCAGACACAUACUAUUUCUCUUGUGAGAGAAAGUGCGAAUUACAUUGUUCUGAAGAUGAAAAACACUUUUGACAGAACAUUUAAGUACGAAAAGAACGGAAGACCAAGAGUUUGGACAAGAAGAGAUAACAUCAACCAGAUCUACGAGAACUCAAGAGAUGCAGGACUGAAAGUAUUGAGACAUUUCACGUAUUGCAGACUCGCUGAAUCUGAUGAUGAAGUAAAACCAAAUGAUCCAUUAACACAAGUUUUGAUUCCUCAUGAAAGAGCUUCAGAAAUUGAAGACAAAUUUGAAAGAAUCAUUAUUCACGCUUAUGAAGAAGCGAGAGCCAAUAUAAAGGCACAAGCAAACAGAGAACAGAUUCCUGGAUGGGCAUGGCUUGCUACUUUCCUUUGUUCAUCAAAUUACAUCAUGAAAUUACUUGCCAAUCCGAUUUUCUUCGCUUUGGCAGUAAUUAUAGGAGGAAUAUACUCUAUUCUAAGAAUGCUUGGUCUGCAGGAUGUGGCAAAGAAGACUCUUCUCGACAAAUUUAAUUCAUUACUCAAAAAUUUGACGAAAGAUGAAAAUGAACAAGAAAAAGAAGGAGAAGAAAAUGAAGAACCUGAAGAAGAUCAGCCGUUGCCAAAUAAUAAUAGAAAGAGAAUGAAAUUGAUGGAGAAAUCUGUUUCUCAAGAAUUUUCGCAGAAAUCAAUUUAUAAAUCUUCUGAAUACAAAGGAAGUGGAGAUUCACUGAUGAUUCCGCAAACUUCUCCUCUAGGAAACAAUGAUUCACCUGAAAAACCAAGAGAUUCUUUGACAAGAACACAAUCACUAGAAUUUAUGUAA